CCUCGCGAUUUAGAGAAUUGUCGUCCAUGCUUGUUUAGCGUUAGUAGAGAAAGUGGUUAAGUUUUCAGACAAAUAUGGCAGCAGUAGACGGCGCUGGGUUCAAUUUGGAUGAGGAUGUUGGUGCUAAAAUAAGUGGAUUUCGCAAGGAAUACGACAAUGACCGCGAUGGCCGAGAAGAUUACGGUCCCCCUCACCACCACGGAGAAGGAGAAAGAGGGAAAGCUUAUGGGACAGGCCUCCAAUUGGAUAUGAGCAUUUGACACCUGCACAGUACAAGGCUAUGCGAGCUGCUGGUCAGAUACCAGUCAAUGCAGGUGGUCCAGUCCCAGGGGGCACCGUUAGCAGUUUGCCACAAGGAAGUCAGAUGACAAGACAGGCUCGUAGAUUAUAUGUUGGAAACAUUCCUUUUGGUAUAACAGAGAACCUGAUGAUAGAAUUCUUCAAUGCCAAAAUGCAAGAGGCCAAGUUAAACACAGCACCAGGAAACCCUGUCAUUGCUGCACAGAUCAACUUGGAGCAAAAUUUUGCCUUUAUUGAGCUUCGUUCAGUUGAAGAGACCACUCAAGCCAUGGCUUUUGAUGGAAUUAUUUUAGAGGGCCAAUCAUUGAAAAUUAGAAGGCCUAAAGAUUACCAACCUAUUCCAGGAAUGUCAGAAACAGCCACAAUUCAUGUGCCAGGAGUUGUUUCAACUGUUGUGCCUGACUCUCCACACAAGAUUUUCAUCGGAGGUUUGCCAAACUACCUUAAUGAAGAUCAGGUUAAGGAGCUGUUGGCAUCAUUUGGUGAGCUCAAAGCCUUUAAUCUUGUGAAAGACAGUGCAACAGGCCUCUCAAAGGGUUAUGCUUUCUGUGAAUAUGUGGAUCUGAACAUUACAGAUGUGGCUAUCACUGGACUCAAUGGUAUGCAGCUUGGAGAGAAGAAGUUAAUUGUUCAGAGAGCAAGUGUGGGAGCCAAGACCAACAUGAAUAAUCCUGAUGCAAUAAACAUGAUUCCAGCCCAGAUGCAAAUACCUGGUCUUGACCUGUCAGCCAAUCUACACAACAGUGCUACAGAAGUUCUGUGUCUAAUGAACAUGUUGGACAUAGAAGAACUCAUGGAUGACGAGGAAUAUGAAGAAAUUUACGAAGAUGUUCGCGCAGAAUGUUCAAAGUAUGGCACAGUCGUCAGCCUUGAAAUACCAAGACCUGUGGAAGGUUUUGAACCACCUGGCUGUGGGAAGAUAUUUGUGGAAUUCGGGUCACCAGACGACUCUAAGAGCGCUGCCCAGGCCCUGGCCGGCCGCAAGUUUGCUAACCGAGUGGUGGUGACGUCAUUCUACGCUCCAGAAAUGUAUCAUAGGAAGGAGUUCCAUUAGUUGAUGACGUCAUACUGCUGUUUAAAGCUGAACCGAUAGUUCGACACCCUGUCCCUUUGAUAAUAUGAAGUCUUUUUGUUUUACAACUCUUGUUUUAGAGUGCUUUUCGAUCAAGCUUCUUAGAGCCAAAGACCAAACUACAACAGCCUAUCCGAACAUUCAUUAAGGUAAAUACUCGAAGAAGCCAAUGAGAUUUUCGACGUAAUACAUUUAACUGGCUUUUGACGCAGGAAAAUGAGAAAUAUCGAGUUGUAGCGGGUUUUAGUUUUACAUCUGAUCGAUGUGCAUUUAGGAACACAUUUGUUUGCUUAAGUUUGAAGAGAAUAAUACAACACUUUCAAGAAAGAGAAAAGUUCAAGGCUGAGAAGUUGAACUUCAACAGAUGCAAUUUUGUAUAGGAAUGCGAUCGAUGGCUUUUU